AUGGGUGAUUUAAUUGGAAUUUGCUGCGAAUGUUUCUGUGAUAUUUGUAUAGCACCUCUGAUUGAAGCGUUUUGUUGCGAUUGCUGUGACUUAUGUGACUUAUGUGAUUGUUGUGAUUGCUGUGAUAAUAAAAAGAGCAAAAAGAAACAUUCUAAUAAAAGCGAGCAUUCUACUGAUGAAGAAGAAAAUAAAGAGAAAGACAAACCAACAGAUAAUAAGGACAACCAAAGUAAUCAACAAGAAUUACAGCAAACUCCUACUAACCAACCAAAUUAUGGCUAUGAAAAUCCCCAACAAAACUAUUGUUAUCAACAACAACCAUACCAAGGAUAUCCUAUUCAAAACCAAUGUGUCCAGCCACCUCCUGACCAAUAUAUACAACCACCCCUUGACCAACACGUACAACCACCACUUCCUUCAGACCAAUUUACACAACCACCACUUCCUCCAGACCAAUUUACACAACCACCUUAUUAUGCACCACCCCCUCCUCAACAACCGUAUUAUGCACCACCACCACCUCCUCAGCAAUAA